AUGAUUUUUGAGCUAUUGGUCAGCAUCCUGCAGUCGACUGCUUUUCGUAUUAUCCUAGUUUCAGCUAUAAGCACUCUUCUCUAUGAGGCGGUUCGUGCACCACGGGUCUAUCCUGGAUUUUCUCUAGUCGGUGUCGACCUAAAGGAUGGUUAUUCCCGUGCGCUUUCCAUGGCCCGGGAGCAGUGGUCCACCCAUGGGAAGGAAAUCCUCGAUCAGGGCCUGCAUCAGGCAAGUGUUCACACAAUCGAGUUUUAUGUUGGACCAAAGUUUGUCCUGCCCAAUGGAUUUGCAGACGAGAUACGUAACAAUUCUGACUUUGAUUUCGGUGCGGCUGUAUCCGCUGAUUUCUUUGGGUCAUACCCCGGGUUUGAUCCUUUUGCCUUGGACAAUCUCAUCGUCGAGGAGCUAGCGGACGAGACUAACAAGGCUGUCGAUGAACUCUUCGGCAAUCCGGAGACUUGGACAGAGAUUACAUACAAACCAAAACUCCUCCACCUGAUUUCUCGUAUCUCGUCCCGCGUCUUCAUCGGCCCAGAACUGUGCGCAAAUGAGGAUUGGAUGAACAUCAGCACAGAGUAUGCCGUCGACUCAUUCAUCGCCGCCAGUGCCCUACGCCAGUGGUCAUUCGCCCUCCGCCCGAUUGUGCACUGGUUUCUACCCGAGUGUCGCAAGCUCAGAGCGAACCUCGCGCAGGCACGGAGAAUUCUAAAACCCGUUAUCCACAAACGCCGCAAUGAAAAUCGCCAGCACCGUGAUGCUGGAAAAGCUCCAUCCAAAGUGGCAGACACUAUUGGCUGGAUGGAUGAGGCCGCUAAAGGGAAGCCCUAUGAUAUAGAAGUCGCCCAGCUUGGCCUCUCGCUUGCUGCCAUUCAUACCACGACUGAGAUGGUCAGCGGACUUAUCGCCGACCUCUGUGCCCAUGCUGAGUACUUUGAACCCCUGCGUGAAGAAAUAGCCUCAGCUGUGACAGAUAAGGGCUGGUCAAAGAAGGCAUUGCAGGAUUUAAAACUCAUGGAUAGUGCAAUGAAGGAGUCACAGAGACACCACUUUGGCGAUAUUGAACGCCUGCCGGAUGAAGCUGCAAUGCAUCGUAUGGCUGUAAAUUCAGUCACGCUCUCGGAUGGUACCAUAAUUCCUAAAGGGACUAGGACAAUGGUUGGCAUCAACCAGAUGCAUGAUGCAGGUCUAUUUUCUGAGCUCAACGAAUACAAGGGCAAUCGAUUUCUCAAUAUGCGUCAAAAGCCUGGACAAGAACAUCGUUGGCAGUUUGUUUCGACUUCACCUGAGCACCUCGUCUUUGGUCACGGCAAGCACGCUUGCCCUGGACGAUUUUUUGCAGCGAAUGAAAUCAAGGUUGUGUUAAUUUUCCUGCUUAUGAAAUACGAUUGGAAAUUCACUGCUGAGGACUCUAAAGUCGAUAAAUCGGUUGGCCAGGGGACUGAUACUGACCCGACUGCUAAAGCGAUGAUCAGGAAGAGGAAGCAAGGACUGGUGAUGUGA